AGCGGAAAAAGAGAUUUAUUUAAAAAAAUAAACACAAGGAAGACGUGUUCAUCUGAGCCAGCAACGCCGGCUUUCAGGGGAGCCCCCGCAGACUGCUGCCCUCAGCUCCGUGAGGAAGGUGUGGUGGCCAGUGUCUCAUCCCACGCCCCCAGCCCCCCACAUCUCCUGGGGAGCCCUCACCCGGGAUGGGCUCUUCAGGAGGCCCACCUCCUCUCCAGCCUGCAGCCCAAGGGGCUUCAGUGUCCCCUCCUGGAAAGACUCCAAGGCCAGCCUGUCUGCCUUUUCUAGUUUUAUACAAAGACAGCCACUUUUAGCUACUACUUAGGAGACUCCUAUUUUUGUAUGAGAGAGAAAGCAUCUUUUCUAAACCUGUGCCUCCCCUCCUUGGAUACCAGGGUCCAGAUGCCGCCCUGUGUCCUGCCUGCAGUAUUACAGAUGCCAUCGGAAAGUUCAGAGCUGUUCCUGAGGGCUGGGGGCCGGGGAGGGUGGGGCGCAGGGGUUGCUGCCGGCUAGGCUGGCCUCCUGGGCUGUCCUCCUGGCCUGGUGUCUGGCUGUGCUCCUGCUCUGGGCCCUCCUUCCUGCCCUGGCCUCCCCAGCCCUCACGGCACCCCCAGGCGAGGACAGGGUCUCUGCUGUACCGGGGUGGAGGCCCGCCCAGGGCUAUUUCGAGAACUCCAGCUGGCCCGGAGCAGCUGCAGGAGCUGCGGGAGCAGAGCCGCUCUUGGCCCACCGGGCCUGCCCUGCUAUUUCAGGCUCUCAGCUGUAGGGGGUCACUGGGGCUUUUCUGGGCUACGAGCUCACACUGCAAGAGCAGUGUCAGAUUUUAUUAUGUUCUCAAUUUCCCCCUUUGCUGCUGCUUUUCUUUUCGCGCUGAGACUGUGUGGUCUCCAUGCUGUUGACCUCGCUCUGUCCCUCAGUCCGCUUGUGGGUCUUGGGGUCAUCUUAGCAGAGCCACCGCAGGCUUUGCACUCAGGGAGGAGCUGGGGGUCAGGGGGGUCGGGGGACCCCCCCGCCCGAGAGCGAGCUCAGAAAAUGUGCCCUGUCCGCCCACUCUGGGGGCAUGGGCUCUAUGGACACCAUAAUUGCUGCUUAGUAGCUGUGCCUAGUCCAGUGUCCCCCAGAGUGUCGGGGGACCAGGCGCACGCAUGCGCCUGUGUGUGCGCGCGUGUGCACGUGUGUGUGUGUAUGUGUGUGCGGGGGGGGACCCUGCCGGGUUGCAGUGGGGCCUAAGGCAUGUGUUCACAUUCAGGGCCACAGUCCACGGAGCCACCAGGACUGGGGAAGGCAGAGGCAGUGGCUGCAACCUGGAGCCUGGGGCUGACAAGCUGGGGCGGGGCUGGGGAUGCUGCCGCCCACGGGAGUGAGGCAGGGAGAGCAUGAGCGAUCGGCAGGCAGGUCUGUUCUUCUAAGCCACGGGGAGGUCUCCUGCUGGCUUCCCAAAGAGCGGCUCAGCGUGGAGGCUCCCCCGCAGCAUGACUGGCCCACUGGUGCCUUUUUGGGGACCCUAGGAUGUCCAGAGCACCAAGGCAACUGAUCCUUCAUGUUUCAAUGAGUGUUUUGUUUUUCAUUUGGGAUGGAGUGGGAGGGCUGAGUGGACCCCAGGGACCCCCGAGCUCCACAGAUGGCCGUGUCGCGUGCGCAGACUGUACCCAGCCAGAUAGGCAGACUCGGGUGAAGGAUUAUUUAAGGAGGCUGCAGCCGGAGGGCUAACCCAGCCCUCUGCCCUGGGAACCAGUUCAAGGGACUCUAAGUUGAAUUUCCUUUUUGUUGUUGGCUUUUUGUUGUUUUUUGUUGUUGUUGUUUUUCUCCUUUUAAGGAAUUAUGAAGCUAAGAAAAGUAUUGUGCUUUGGGGGAUGAUGGACAAAAGUUCUAGCUGAUUAAAUAUGGUCUAACUUAUUGAUACUGUGUCCCCCCCCCCCCUUUUAAUAUUGUACUGUGGAGAAAAACUGUUUUGAGCCAUGGAGUUGGUGUUUACAAGAACUUUUCACUUUUGCCAAAAUGUUACGAUUGAAAGGCAUCUGCGUCUUCAGUUUCCUAAUAUUUUCUUAAAAGAUCUAGUGUCCUUUUUGUACACUAAGCAGGUGAAUGCUGAUUUUUUCAACCUACAAUAAAUUUCACUGAACCGAACCCCGCAGCCCCAGGUGCCUGGGUGCAUUUGUGUCUGUCCUAACCGGGGCCUCCUGGCCCCCUGUGGGGGUGGGCUGGGGUUGGAAGGAGACAGGGCGCUGGAGCAGCCAUGGUGUUGAGCAGGUAUGAGGUGGGGGGUAGGGUGGGAGGCAGGGAGGCGGGCAGUUGGAGACUCGCAGAGACGGAUGGGCCCUGCUAGUGCGAGGCAUGAGGUCAAACUGCCUGGUCAUAGGUAGGAAAAGAUGAAGACAAGCCAUGGGGAUAGUGGGGAGCCACGGUAGGUAUAGGAGUAGGGCUGUGUCCUCAGGUGUGUACAGGGUAGACCAGGUCUAGCAGGGGCCUUCCAAAGUGCCAUAGCCCCCAGGAGUAGUAGGGACACAUGGGGCCAGGGGAGUGCCCUUCCUUGGGGGGAAAUGACCUGUGGAUGGGGAAAAGGGCAGUGAUGGCGCUGUUUUAUUGUUUCUUCCCACCAGGCUGGCUCGCAGGGGCUGCCCCUGUGCCCAUGAUGGGGAUGGGGAUGCCAAGGCCCAGUGGGAUCCCCCAGGCCCAGAAUGCCAGCAGGGAUGGCUGUCCUUGUCCCAUGCUCCAGCUCUCCGCGAUGGAGGCCACAGCCGAUUUCGUGGUCGAGAGCCCCGACGUGGUCUACGGCCCCGAUACCAUCGAGGCUCAGUACGAGUACCGGACAGCGUGCGUCAGCCGCGAGGGCAACGUCCUCAAGGUAUACCCCACGUCCACGCGCUUCACCUUUCGGACCGCCCGGCAGGUCCCCCGGCUUGGGGUCAUGCUCGUCGGCUGGGGCGGGAACAACGGCUCCACGCUCACCGCCGCGGUGCUGGCCAACCGACUGCGCCUCUCCUGGCCCACGCGCACUGGCCGCAAGGAGGCCAACUACUACGGCUCGCUGACGCAGGCGGGCACCGUUAGCCUGGGUUUGGACGCCGAGGGCCAGGAGGUGUUCGUGCCCUUCAGCUCACUGCUGCCCAUGGUGGCACCCGACGACCUCGUGUUCGACGGCUGGGACAUAUCGUCGCUGAACUUGGCUGAAGCAAUGCGGCGCGCACAGGUACUGGAUUGGGGGCUGCAGGAGCAACUGUGGCCGCACUUGGAGGCCCUGCGCCCGCGGCCCUCUGUCUACAUCCCUGAGUUCAUCGCAGCUAACCAGAGUGUGCGUGCUGACAACCUCAUACUGGGCACGCGCGCACAGCAGCUGGAGCAGAUCCGUAGGGACAUCCGUGACUUCCGGUCCAGCGCUGGGCUAGACAAGGUCAUCGUGCUGUGGACAGCGAACACUGAGCGCUUCUGCGAAGUGGUCCCAGGCCUCAAUGACACCGCUGAGAACCUGCUGCGGACCAUCCAGCUGGGCCUGGAGGUGUCGCCCUCCACUCUCUUCGCUGUGGCCAGCAUCUUGGAGGGCUGCGCCUUCCUCAAUGGGUCCCCACAGAACACACUGGUGCCCGGGGCGCUUGAGCUCGCCCGGCAACGACGUGUCUUCGUGGGUGGUGACGACUUCAAGUCAGGCCAGACCAAGGUCAAGUCCGUGCUUGUGGACUUCCUUAUCGGCUCUGGCCUCAAGGUGCGUGGGCUUGGGGGGUGCACAGCUCAGGAGUGGGGAGGGGGUGGGCUGGACCCCAAGCACCAGGCUUGUGGCCGCGGGGCUUGUGUGCCCUGGGGCCUGCAGCUGCCGCGGGGCCCCUUGUUCCCACAGACCAUGUCCAUCGUGAGCUACAACCACCUGGGCAACAAUGACGGGCAGAACCUGUCGGCGCCGCCACAGUUCCGCUCCAAGGAGGUGUCCAAGAGCAGCGUGGUGGACGACAUGGUGCAGAGCAACCCGGUGCUCUACAGGCCCGGCGAGGAGCCUGACCACUGCGUGGUCAUCAAGUAUGUGCCGUACGUGGGCGACAGCAAGCGCGCGCUAGACGAGUACACCUCGGAGCUGAUGCUGGGUGGCACCAACACGCUGGUGCUGCACAACACGUGCGAGGACUCCCUCCUGGCUGCGCCCAUCAUGCUCGACCUGGUGCUGCUGACCGAGCUGUGCCAGCGUGUGAGCUUCUGCACGGACACCGACCCGGAGCCGCAGGGUUUCCACUCGGUGUUGUCGCUGCUCAGCUUCCUGUUCAAGGCGCCGCUGGUGCCCCCCGGCAGCCCGGUGGUGAAUGCGCUCUUCCGCCAGCGCAGCUGCAUCGAGAAUAUCCUCAGGGCCUGUGUGGGGCUCCCGCCGCAGAACCACAUGCUUCUGGAGCACAAGAUGGAGCGCCCUGGGCUCAAGCGAGUGGGGCCUGUGGUAGCCACCUGCCCUGUGCCUUGCAAGAGAGGAGCGGCGCCCACUGCCCCCAAUGGCUGUACGGGUGAUGCCAAUGGGCUCUCGCAGGCUGACACACCCCAGAUGCCCACCACUUAAGGCCAUGGCCAUCCUCCCCUAAAAUUCUUGCCCCACUGCACCUUCAGGACCCAACCCUUCCAAGAUCCCUGAAGACAAUAAAGCCAUUUGCCACUCUCA